AUGCUGAGAAAGAAGGAGGAAGUGGAAGAGAAGGAGGGUUCAAUAGUCCCCAAGGCUGCAAUAGAGGUUUGUCCAUAUUAGUCCAAGUGUGACACUGACACCAAAGUAAGGUCUGAAUGUUGUGCUUGAAAUUCACCUAAUUCCAAGACUCCCUGUGCCUAUUUUGGAGUGCCGGAAAGGCGAUACCCUGAGCACCUCCUUGCUCCUCCCUCUCUCUCUUACUUUCCUCAGCUCCCUCUUUUCUUGCCAAACUUGAUGGUGCAGCUAAAGUUAGCCCCCUUGAGCUAGUAUAUAAGGCCUCAAGGGGCCAACACAAACAUGUCAGUCACAUCGGCUUGGCAUAAGCUUCUCUUCUUGACCAACCAAAUCCCCCACAAACUCUAAAGAGAUGGUGAGUGUGUUUGCAUUCCUCUCAAUUGAGAAUAGUUUCUAGGGUCUAGGAUUGUCUUCAAUAAACUAACAACUUAAAGCAUCAUUGAUUGUAGGAUACCAAUGCAAACUGGAUAAUGGCAAUACAAUGGACUGAAUUACAUUUUAAAGGCUUCUAGAACAGUUUCCCAAACUAUGGUUGGGACCCAUUGGUGGAAGCUGUUUCCUCCCUGGGCUAAAGACCCAAGACCAAGUCUUGUGGCUUAAUACUCUGAUUUUGUUCAAUUGGUGCAUCAAAGGGAAAUACUUAAAGGAUGUUUGGGGACCACUGCUCUAGAGGCCUCUAAGAUAUUACAGAAUCUUAGCCAAUUUGGACGCUACAACCGAACAGGCCAAGUGCCUUUUAUACAACUCACCUUUCUUCGAAAGCCUUAUGCUGAUAAAGUGUGACUUGAAUUGGUACAACUUAUUCAAACAAAAGCUAAAAGCACCCAGGCAUAGAAAUCUGACAAUGACAAGUCAAUGACAGAGGAAUCAUUCUCAAAAUAUUGUUGAAUUACCUUAGGGAGUUCCUCUACCUCUUGCUACUGUGGAGGUCCAAGACGUUUUGGCCCAGAAUGACCCAGAGUGGCAUGGAUGGCCCAAACAGGCUGUUACAGUAAAUUGUUGGUUGUGUUGGCUGUGUUUACUGUGAGUUAAAUGACAUGUCCUGUUCAUCGUUGACCCCCAGGCACCCAAGAAGGCCAAGAGGAAGCAGCAGCAGGGAGAGGGUGGAUCCUCUAAUGUGUUCUCCAUGUUUGAGCAAAGCCAGAUCCAGGAGUACAAGGAGGUACGUUUUUGGGGGGAUUUUCUGCCACACCUACACUAUUUUCACUAGAUAUCAAUGCUUGGUCAAGUAGUUGUAAUAAGUCAGCCGACAUAGUUAUUGGGAUACAUGAUAUUGUAACAUCUCCACGCAUCACAUGGGGAUCCCAUUGAAAGAGGUUUGCAAAAGCCAAAAUAGACAAACAACCCAUUGACUUAGUAAUAGGUAAGACAGGACAUCCUAAGGUAGGUGGCGUCCUCAUUGGUGGCGUUCACAUUUUACUGUCUCUAUCACUGUGGGCGUGAUGGAAGUGAUAGCCGUCAUAGAGCUGGACAGACAUAGACUUGAUUCGAUUACGUUUUUGGGCUCCAGUUGACCCCCCCAAAAACAAAUCGUCACCAGCAGGAGACAACCGUAAAUUACUUAGUUGCUGAUGACAGCGGUCACCUGGGAUAGGUCACUACCCAGCAAACCGGGAACAUUUCCCAGAACAUUAGCUUAGAGACCCAUUAAGUUCUAGUUAGGGUUUUAUCUAACAUUAGGAUGAUAACAUCCUGUUUUUCAGAAAAUGUUUAAAAUAAAAUAUCCUUGGAAUGUUCUCCUAACAGUCACUAAAAUGUUGUGCACAACAUCUGUAACAACCACCACAGAACAUUCCCCAAAUGUUCACCUUUAGGUUUCCAGGUAAUUCAAUAACACAAUCUACUUGUAAAGAACUACAUGUGUUCUGGGAACGUUCUUGCAACAUCAGGCAAAGGUUUUAUACAGACAUUGUAUAAUCAUCAGCACAACUGGACAGUUUUUGUGUUAUGAGAACAUUUGCUGCAACCUAAGGAAUGUUCUGGGAACUUUCACAGAACCAAUUUUGGUUUGCUGGGUAGUCUUCCCCAGCACCCCCUCUCAGAACCCUUCCCUGUGACCCCCUGGAAUGUGUUGCCCAACAGCUGGUAGAUGCUAAUGCUAGCGCUAGUGGGUGGGUGAAGACGAGAAAGGGAGCCAGAAUUUACGAGAGACCCCUAGACUUGAAGACGUUGAAGGCCUCUAUUUACGGAAAAGGCAAUCAACCAACCUGUGCCUCUGCUCAGCCAGAAUAGCUUUUGUGACACCUAGGCUUUGCUCUUUGAGCUGGUGUGAAAUAGCCUACUAGUUGUUAAAACCAUGUAGAAAUGUUCACAGUGGAAGUUCUCCCAACAUUUAGGAGAGCACAACCUAAUCAGAGAGGUAGAGAAAUUACAAUAAUUUGGGAAACUGAUAACAAUUUGUACGAUUUAAAAAGGGGAAAAAUGUGAAGUGUGUCAGAGUCUUUGGGUAUAUCCCUGUCUUUGGGUGAUUGAUUUGGCCAAUUGGAGACAUGAGGGGGUAAAAAAAGGAACAGGGGUUGGGGGCAGAGGGAUUAGUCAGGGAAGGGGGCGAGGGGUGUAAGGGGAGGGGUGUUAGGGGUGUAAUCAAUACCGGAUCCUAAAUGUCGCAAGAGGCUUGCCUGACGUCCCGAGACCAUUUUACCACCUUAAAAAGACAAGUGGCGGGCCAGCUGCCAAGUCCCCUGUGUGCUCUAAAGCCUUCUUGGGUUUCACCUGAGUGACACAUGCAGCUAUGUGGGGAGAGAGGAGAGAGACCUUUUCACAUUUAUCUUGACGGACUAUCUUGGGAAAAUCUUGUGAAUUGUGAUAUAAAUAUUCCCGCCACUCAAGUUUCACAAUGCAGUGCACCCUAGUUUUGUCACUUACACACUGUCUAUUAUCAUCGACUAGUCUAAUGAAUUUUGAAAUUAGGUGACUGAGGUCAUGGAAAUGCAUUUCAAUAGGGUACCGGGUAGUGUGAUAACAUUAGCUUAUUUUCAUAUGCUUCUAAGCAAUAUAAAUAUUACAUUUACAUAAUACUGUCAUGUUAACAUGAUCGAUGUCAUUUGGAUUGCCCCACAGUGAAUUAUAUGGUAUCAAAUCUCUCAUCUGCUUCGCUUCCUGCCAGGCUUUCACAAUCAUUGACCAGAACAGAGAUGGCAUCAUCAGCAAGGAUGAUCUUAGGGACGUGCUGGCCACUAUGGGUCAACUGAACGUGAAGAAUGAGGAGUUGGAAGCCAUGAUCAAGGAGGCCAGCGGUCCCAUCAACUUCACCGUCUUCCUCACCAUGUUUGGCGAGAAGCUGAAGGGUAGGUCAACUGCUAGGAGCGAUUUAUAUCUUUUUCACAUUACUCAGCUGAACCAAGCCGAGCUGUACUGGCCUGGUUAUUCAUCCAUCAUACACUGAGUAUACCAAACAUUAAGAACACCUUCCUAAUAUUGAGUUGCACCCCCCAACACACACCUUUUGCCCUCAGAACAGCUUCAAUUUGUUUCUGGGGCAUGGACUCUACGAGGUGUCGAAAGCGUUCCACAGGGAUGCUGGCCCAUGUUGACGCCAAUGCUUCCCACAGUUGGCUGGAUGUCCUUUAGGUGGUGGACCAUUCUUGAUAGCUUUUCUUAAUGAGAGUGAGCAGUCAGAUAUUUGAGUCCCUAUUUCUAUACUUUCUAUACUUUCUGUAUAGUGAAUAUGAACUAGUUGCAUAGUUACAUAUCUACACUGAACAAAAAUAUAAACUCAACAUGCAACAAUUUCUAAGAUUUUACUGAGUUGAAAUAAAUUAAUUGGGCCCUAAUCUAUGGAUUUCACAUGACUGGGAAUACAGCUAUGCAUCUUUUGGUCACAGAUACCUUAAAAAAAAAAGUAGGGGCGUGGAUCAGAAAACCAAUCAGUAGCUGGUGUGACCACCAUUUUGCCUCAUGCAGUGCGACACAUCUCCUGUGCAUAGAGUUGAUCAGGCUGUUAAUUGUGGCCUUUGGAAUGUUGUCCCACUCCUCUUCAAUGGCUGUGUGAAGUUGCUGGACAUUGGCAGGAACUGAAACCCACUGUCGUACACGUCCAUCCAGAGCAUCCCAAACAUGCUCAAUGGGCGACAUGUCUGGUGAGUAUGCAGGCCAUGGAAGAACUGGGACAUUUUCAGCUUCCAGAAAUUGUGUACAGAUCCUUGCGACAUGAGGCCGUGCAUUAUCAUACUGAUGGCGGCGGAUGAAUGGCACGACAAUGAGCUUCAGGAUCUCUUCACGGUAUAUCUGUGCAUUCAAACUGCCAUCAAUAAAAUGCAAUUGUGUUCCUUGUCCAUAGCUUAUGCCUGCCCAUACCAUAACCCCACCACCACCAUGGGGCACUCUGUUCACAAUGUUGACAUCAGCAAACCACUCGCCCACACGACGCCAUACACACUAUCUGCCAUCUGUCCUCUACAGUUGAAAUCGGGAUUCAUCCGUGAAGAGCACACUUCUCAGCAUGCCAAUUGCACGCUUCCUCAAAACUUGAGACAUCUAUGGCAUUGUGUUGUGUGACAAAACUGCACAUUUUAGAGUGGCCUUAAAUUGUCCCCAGCACAAGGUGCACCUGUGUAAUGAUAAUGCUGUUUAAUCAGCUUCUUGAUAUGCCACACCUGGCAGGUGGAUGGAUUAUCUUGGCAAAGGAGAAAUGUUCACUAAAAGGGAUCUAAACAAAUUUGUGCACAACAUUUGAGAGAAAUAUGCUUUUUGUGCGUAUGGAACAUUUCUGGGGUCUUUUAUUUCAGCUUCAAACAUUGGACCAACACUUUACAUGUUGCGUUUAUAUUUUUGUUCAGUAUAAGUUACUAUAAAAUGUACAUAUAUUAUACACAUAAAGUUUUGUUUGUUUAUACUUCUACUGCUUUUCUUAGUCCAUCAGUUUUAGUCGAUCACUUUUCUUAGUCCAUCACUUCUGUGUCCAUCACUGUGAGUUUGAGGUAAUAUAGAAUUUAACUGAGGAUCCUCUUCUUCCCUUCCUCUUAGGUGCUGAUCCCGAGGAUGUUAUCGUGAGCGCUUUCAAGGUCCUGGACCCCGAGGCUACCGGCUUCAUCAAGAAGGAAUUGUACGUGUUUUCACCCUGUACCCUUUCCUUCCAUUACUCUUCUAUAAAUUCACUCACAACAUCUUUAGGUAGUCUUUAUGUGUGCCCUGGUUGAUAAUUCUCUCUCUCUCUCUUUUCCUACCUCUUUCCUUUCCUCUCCAGCAUUGAGGAGCUCCUGACCACCCAGUGCGACAGGUUCACUGCUGAGGAGGUGAGAGAUCUAUCAUUCUAUCAGUCAUUCAGUCAUUUAGAGCGACAUUUUCUUAGUGCCAAAGCACUGUGCAAAUAGCAAAAAAUACCAUAAACCUCUUUGGAAUCUCGCAGGGAUUUAAUUUGAAACUUUUCUUCAACAAUAUGGUUCAAAAGGGGGUGUACAAUUAGUACAUUACGUAAACUGAGCAAUACAUAAACAAUCACCUUUAUAAUGCACAUUGUUAAAGACAUUUUCGAAAUUAAACCACAUUGAGAUUAUAAUGAGAUUAACAUUAUUUCUUGCUCUUUGCACAGUGCUUUUGCUCUACGAAUAUUUUGCCCUAAGAGCAACAUGGUGUUUGAGCUUUCAUGAUAUGGUUAUUUAGAGUAAUAAUGAAUUACAUUAUGUUUAUGUGUGCUGUCUGACACUGAACUUUGUCCAUUUUCCUGCAAUGGUUCCCAGUUGUAAGCCUCUCCUUCUCCUUCUGUCUUCCUCUCCCUCAGAUGACCAACCUGUGGGCUGCCUUUCCCCCAGAUGUGGCUGGCAACGUAGACUAUAAACAGAUCUGCUACGUCAUCACACACGGAGAGGAGAAGGAGGAUGAGUAA